UCCCACUUUCCGACUCUUCCGGGUCCCCCUUACGCGAUACUCCAAAGUCCGAUACGUGCCAGAUAAAUUAUCAUUGGUGUAGGCCUAUCGUUGUCUAUUGUAGUCGAAGUUGUUUAUCUGACUCUGUAACUAACCUGCGUGUUAGUACAAUAGCCAUUAUUUGAAGAUUUAAAAGCUGUUCAAACAUGUAUGACAUUGUUAUUGUCGGUGCUGGGCUGUCUGGAUUAAGCGCAGCACAUCUCUUACUUCAGAGAGAGGCAAAGUUAAAACUUUUGAUCUUGGAAGGAAAAGAGAGGGUAGGAGGGCGCACUGUCACACAGGACGUGCCGGCUGCUGGUGGACUUGAUCGCUGGGAUCUUGGGGGACAGUGGGUAGCCAGUUCACAGACCCAUGUAAUGCAACUCAUAGAGGAACUUGGUUUGGUGGUAUAUCCACAAUACACCGAAGGCAAGAAGGUGCAUCAUAUGGGGGGUCCCAAUGCUAGGAUCAGCACCUACACGACCAGCAUCCCAUCAUAUUCACCCCUGGUCCUGUUAGACUUCCUGCAGUUCAUAUGGAAGAUUGGCAGGCUGUGCAAGUCGGUGGAUGUGCAGGAGCCUUGGAGGACCCCCGACGCCCUUCGCUGUGACGCCAUGACCCUCUCCACCUACAUCGAGCAGCACGUGUGGACCACAGAGUUGAAGGAGGAGAUGGCCUUGUGCAGUCGUGCGGUGUUUGGAGUGGAGCCGUCCCAGAUGAGCCUGCUGUUCUUCCUGAUGUACUCGGCCGCCGCAGGGGGCGUCAUGAGGCUCCUGGAGACCACACCUGGGGCCGCGCAGGAGUUUAGGGUCAAGGGGGGCACUCAGCAGCUGUCAGAGUGCUUGGCGGAGCGGAUCGGUACUGAGCGUGUGCGGCUCAACUCGCCUGUGAUGGCCAUAUGGCAGGGAGAUGAUAGUGUGGAGGUGAGGACACCAACUGAGUCAUUCUCCUGCAGACUCGUCAUCGUCACCUGCCCCCCUCACAUGGCAGCUCGGCUCCAGUACCAGCCGGCCCUCCCAACGGAGAGACAGCAGCUGUGUCAGCACAUGCCUGUGGGUCACAUGAUCAAGUUCAUCAUCACCUACCCUACGGCCUUCUGGAGGGAGAAGGGAUUCUCGGGGGAGAUCGUGACGCGGCCAUCCAACGACUGCCCCUUCAGCGUGACCUACGAUGCCACCAGCCCCAGUGGCAGUGCAGCACUAGUGGGCUUCAUCGCCGGGCUGCAGGCCCAUGACUGGGCAUCUCGAAAGGUGGAGGAGAGGAGAGAUGCGGUUGUGUCCAGCCUGGUGAGAUACCUCGGUCCUGAGGCCUCUAACUUUGUCCAUUACAUCGAGAAAGACUGGGGCCAGGAGCCUUACAGCGGGGGUUGCCCAGUGAACGUCAUGGUCCCAGGGAUGCUAACCUACUUCCACCCCAGCCUCCGCAGGCCCAUUGGCAGGAUCCACUGGGCGGGGACGGAGACUGCCACCAAAUGGUGUGGCUACAUGAGCGGCGCUAUCCAGAGUGGCCACCGGGUGGCGCUAGAGGUCCUGGCCCGCCUGAGUCCGCACUUGUUGAGCCAGGAGGAGAGGGAGGCGGCACAGGGCCUCAGCCACCAACCAACCCCCCGGAGUGACCUCUGGAGCCACGUGAUUGGCUACUCGCCACUACGCGUCACCCUCACCCUGACCGCCAUCACUCUGGGGGCCACCUUGUUAUUGGUCAAGCCUCAACUCAGGAGAGAUGUGAUUGGCCAAGCGUUAGCCUGGCUUCCCAAAUAUUACACAAACUAGGAGAGAUGUUCCCUAGACUGGCACGGAGAAACACUAUUUUAUGAGCCACAGGACAAAUCGAUCAAGUUUAGCUGCAAUAUCUUUGGAACCACAGGGUAUAGUUACGGAACGUGUUCUGUUCCGUGCUCUGUUCCGUGCUCUGUGUACUCUGGGCAAAGACAAAUCUAAUCAAAACAAAAAUAAAACAAGUGAUUCAAUACUUUAUUGCCAAACUACUCGGUGCAAGUUGCUAGGGAUUUGCUUCAGUGUGCUCAUGACAGGACAAAGACUUCACCAUAGACACACAGAAAAAGACAUAGAACACAUAUAUACAGAGUCCCACACAGAAUCACCCUUGACAUAGGCACAUAAAAAGGGCACACUGCUCACAGCAUACCUGGAUGACAGUCCAGGAGGCUAGAGUGACAGGUCAGGUUAAAGUGACAUGGUGCAUAGGGAUGUGAAAUUCAAAAGAAAAGUUUAGCCAUGCUUGAAAGUAGCAGUACCUAGUCACAUUUGUGCCCAUGUGUAUCAUUGACCAUGUUGUGCUAUUAAAAUGUAAUUCCUGCACAGCUUUGCUUUAAAUGAACUCAUCCGUAUUGUGGUGACAUUGCACCUUCCUGGCCAUGUGGAAGAUAAAGUGUCUGAGCUGAAACUGUGCAUGCUGGAGGUGGGAGGUGAUGGACGCUCCGCAGGAAAUUGCUAAUUCGUUGCAGAGAGGUCUCCUGUUUGUCUUGAUAAGGACGCGUGCAGCAGCAGAACGAGGAGGGGAGAGGAUGGAUCUCUUGCCGCGCGGCGCGCCGCACCAAACAAGACAGAGCUGUAGAUUCCAGUUCUUAAGAUUCCAGAACGUGGGGGUCUGCUCUGGUAUUGGCCAAGCCCCAACUGAGUCAUUUGAUUGGACACGUGUGGGAGAGCGUGGCUUCCUAGGAGAUGACUAAUCCUGCGUGCGGAACACCAUCUCAUUCACUGCACAGGGCUAGAUUUACUAAAGGUGUGCAUGUAUAAAAACCUGUGUCAACUUAAAAUCACCCAUAAAUAAAUGCACAAGCUGAUCCACUAAUGGGGAACACUGAAGAUUGCUUCUUUCAAAUGAGCAAGAUAAGUCAUAUUACCAAGAUAAUACGUUUGCCUCCAUGAAUACAGUUUGGGGCAUUUCUCGAGUCGGCAAAAUACUCAGAGGUGACCAUUCAGCUAGUUAAUUUAGCAUAGGCAAUGCAAUUUACCAAGCUUGUUGAAGACAUUGUGAUUACAUCUGCUUUUAAAGAUAAUAUAGAAUGGAUUAAUAAAUCCUUGCGCUUGGUUUUAUCAGUGAGUAUUGAUUUAAAAAAUAUAUAUAUUUUAUUGUGAGCAAAGUAUUUUACCUUGUUCUAUGAGGAAUGACAUUGUGAUGGACAUCUACCAUUUAUUUAGUGAGAGAGUAGGUGUUCCGAACAGAAAAUGUAGAAAAAGAACUGUUCUCUUAAAAAGUGAAAAAAGCAACACUAUUUUAUGAACCACAGAUUUAUUGAUUGAAUGUAGCUGGCGUCUUUGCUGAACCACAGGGUGUAUAGACUUAGUUUGUUCUUUGUAUUUGUUCUCUGUGUGUUCAGAAGGGAAAAAAGGUAAAUAUCAAGUUCAUUUCAGCCUUGCUACUUGUUAGUAGCUGCACGCAGUCUCCUCUCUGUCCUUGUGUACCUGUCUCUUAUGCCAUUAAAAUUUAAUUCCUGUA